AUUCGUUCUUGGGCACAUGAAUAUGUAAUGAGCCGUCAAAUUCCUUACUCCCGCCGGGAACAUCAUGCUAAAAUAUGGAGCUUUCUCUGGGAUGAAGAUAUUCUUCUUCAAGUAAAAUCAUAUAUUCGGGAACAUAAGUGGGAUAUUUCUCCACAGAUGUUAAUGAUACAGAUGAAUGAAAUUAUUUUACCAGGACUUGGAUUUGCACCAUCUCCAACUAUUCAUAUCAAUACUGCAAGAAACUAUUUGAAAGAACUUGGAUAUACAUAUGCAAAGGUAAAGAAGGGAAUAUAUAUUGAUGGUCAUGAAAGGGAAGGUGUGGUGGUAUACAGAAAAAUAUUUUUAGAACAAAUGAGUAAAUUUGAACAUAGGAUGCCUAUUUUCUCAGGAGAUAAUUUGGACGAAAUUACCUGGCCGGACAGUAAUAUACAGCCACUUAUUCUUGUAACACAUGAUGAGUGUAUUUUUUCAGCUUAUGAUGGAAGUCGGAGUCUUUGGAUUCCUGAUGGAGAGCAACCCUUACGAAAAAAAGGUAAUGGUCGUUCAAUUCAUGUUAGUGAAUUUUUAACUGAUGUUUGUGGUCGUCUUGCGCUUCCUGAUGAAAUGCAAGUAUCGGAUGACUUUCCUAGGGAAGCUUGUGUAAUUAUGCAUCCGGGAAAAAAUAAUGAUGGAUGGUGGAAGGCUGAUGAUUUAAUAAGUCAAGUAAUUGAACGUGCCAUUCCCAUAUUUGAAGCUCGUUUUCCAGGAUGCCAGGCCUUAUUUGCAUUUGAUAAUGCAUCAAGUCAUGCUACUUUUUCGCCAGAUGCACUUAUUGCUAAAAAUAUGAACCUCAAU